AUGAACCGCUAUAUCACGCUGACCCAACUGGGCGAUGGAACCUACGGCACUGUGGUCCUGGGCCAGCGAAAGGACACCGGCGAGAAGGUGGCCAUCAAGCGCAUGAAGCGCAAGUACUACUCCUGGGAGGAGGCAAUGAAUCUGCGCGAGGUCAAGUCACUGAAGAAGCUGUCGCAUCCGAACAUUGUCAAGCUGAAGGAGGUGAUUCGGGAGAACGACACCCUGUACUUUGUGUUCGAGUACAUGAAGGAGAACCUCUACCAGAUGAUCAAGGACCGGGACACGCAUCUUCCCGAGCCGGAGCUGAAGAGCAUUCUCUUUCAGGUUCUGACUGGCCUGGCCUUCAUGCAUCGCCACGGCUUUUUCCAUCGCGACCUAAAGCCGGAGAACCUGCUCUGCUCCGGUCCGGAGCUCAUCAAGAUAGCCGACUUCGGGCUGGCCAGGGAGAUCCGAUCGCGGCCUCCGUUCACGGACUACGUCUCCACGCGCUGGUACCGCGCUCCCGAGGUUCUAUUGCACUCCACCAACUACGGCAGCACCAUCGACCUCUGGGCCAUGGGCUGCAUCAUGGCCGAGCUCUACACCUUUCGUCCGCUCUUCCCGGGCAGCAGCGAGGUGGAUCAGCUCUUCAAGAUUUGCUCUGUGCUGGGAACGCCAGAGAAGGGCGACUGGCCGGAUGGAUAUCGGCUGGCCAGCAUGAUCCACUUCCGCUACCCGGACUGCAUCAAAGUGCCACUGAGCAGCGUCGUCAGUCGCUGCAGCCAAAACGGCCUGGAUCUGCUGGAGGAUCUGCUGGCCUACGAUCCCGACAAGCGACCGACGGCCCAGCAGAGUCUCAAGUAUCCCUAUUUCCAUGCCCUCAAGCGGAUCUCGCCCACGGCGGCCACCAAGGCGAAUGUGCGGCUCAGCUCCAAAUAUGCGGCCUCCAAUGGUGGCGCCGUCUCCAACAAUGUGCUUCCGGUGCAGGAGAAGCUGCAGGCGGUCACCGAUUUGCUGCAUCAGACUAAUAACAACAACAGUAACCACUCCAAUCUGGGCAAGAACAGCAAUAACAACCUGACAACCAAGAAUGGUGGGUUGCCCAGAAAGUACCAAACGAAGCUGAGCUUCCUCAGCAGCAAUGAGUUGGGUGGCGGAUCCCAGGCGGAUUCCUCCAGUCUGGGAGGAGGAGGAGCCACGGUGGAUGGAGGAGUUCCUCAGGUGCCACAGCUCCAAAACGGAGGAGGAGAGUCCAUAAACGACAUCUACUUAAAUCGCAACAUCUCGCAGCUCUUUGGACUGCCAGCAGCGGGCUCCCAGCAGCAGCAGCAGCACCAUCCGAACGUCUCCUUCAGCUCGACCAUGUCCCGGAAUGCCGGCGCCAUCUAUGUGAAUGGAAGCCAUCACCUCACCUACGACACGGCCAACAUGAAUGCCAAGAACAAUGCCAAGCUCGUGGUGGGCGUGGGUGCCUCCAAUGGCGGCUACUAUGUGCCGGUGGCCAGGCCAUCGCUCCUAGGAUCCGAGGCCAAGGUCUACAACGUGUUCUCCAAGGUCAGUGCCAGCCAGGCUCCGCCCAGCCUCAUUGUGCGACAGCCGCAGAUGCAAAUGCAAAUGCAACUGCAGCCGGAGGUGGGAGCUUCUAUGCCCAUGCGACUCUCGGGAAGAUCGCGAGCAGCGGCUCAGGAGGUAAAAGUGGGUGCCCUCAAGUCGGAUGAUUUGGACCUCAUACUCGGUUCCAAGCUGAAAACCUCCGCCAAGCGGCAGCGCAAUGCCAAGGCGAACAUCCUGCUGGAGGACCUCUUCGGGCAGCUGUCCAUGGACUCGGACAGCGAUGGGAAGUAUCCGCACACGGUGCCGCCCACGCAGCAGGCGAAGAGCGGGAAGACAUCGAAGACUGGCACAAGUGGCCCUCAGGAGCGGGAUCUCUUCGGGGAGAGCUUCCUGCCCAGGCCGGGGCUGCGGAAGAAGGCCACCCAGAGCAGUCUGGAGGUGAACAACGGCAGCCACGCGGACUCGCUAGCUCCCAACACCCAAAAGGAGAAACACGCCGUGGCGUCCAGUUUUCCCUGGGAUGAAUCCAACAAGACGGAGGACGAGAAGCUAACGGCUUGGAUGGUGGCCGAAAACGGUAACUUGGUUUUGGGUGGUGGUCAUCAGCAAGCGUAG